GCGCCCCCGCGCGCCCACACAAAACCGCUUUAUAAAGGAGCGCGCAGCCUCCGCGCGCUUCGCUCAAAAAAAAACAACACGGGGACCGGGGGAAUGGCGCGGAGCGCGGCACGACUAGUCCUCCUCCUCCUCUUUCUCCUCCUCUUCCUCUCGCUGGAGGAGUUCCUCACUGGGACGGUUACGGGAACCGGAACCGCGGCUGGAGGACCGAAGCCCGGCGGAGAGAAGGACUCGGCGGCAGGCGCAUGCGAGGUCAAAACGGUGACGGUGUCCACGCUGCCCGUGCUGCGCGAAAGCGAGCUGAGCGUGGGAUCCGGGAGUGCGGGCGCGGCGGACUCCCGGCUCUUGCUGUUCGUACGGAGCGACGUACCGGGAGCCGUGUCAGUGCUGGACGAUCUGGAUAACACCGCGCUGCCCUACUUCACACUCGAAAUGUCGGGGACAGGUGCCGAUAUCUCCCAGGUGCACUGGAAGCAGCAGUGGUUGGAGAACGGGACGCUUUUCUUCCACGUGUCCAUGAGCAGUGCGGAGCAGCUGUAUCAGGCAACGCAGCCGACGGUACGGGAGCCAUCGCAGGGCCUGCACGAGCAUAUGCACCUGCUUCACAUCUCAGUCAUGGGUGGCCUGAUCGCUCUCCUCCUCCUCAUCCUGCUCUUCACUCUGGUCCUCUAUACUCGUCAGCGUUGGUGCCGGCGCCGCAGGGCACCCCAGAAGAGCGCCAGCACUGAGGCCACACAUGAGAUUCACUACAUCCCUUCGGUUCUGCUCGGACCACCUCAGUCCAGGGACGGGUUCCGGACUCCUCGUACCCACCAGCACGGCUCGGUGAUCGGCAUGGCCAUUCGGGAGACGCCCAUCCUGGACGACUGCGACUGUGAGGACGACGAGCAGCCCGUACAGCUCCUGGACGGGAAGGUUCAAAUGGACGAGGAUUUCUGCAGCCAGGGUACGCUCAGCAUGGACAGUCUCGGGAAAGGAGGAAGUGAUGUGAACCAUAAACACAGCCUGGAUAACAGAGUUGUGGAGCCUCAGCACGAGUCUGUAGAAGCUUUAGUGCAGAGAAUUAAGGACAGUUUCCGCACCAACACCAACAUGGAGAUCACACACUUCCAGAACGCAACACACAGCUCGUCCACCAGCCGCAAACGAGGACCGACUCAGAACCGAGGUGGUGUGUUCGGCCAUCAGGAGUGCUCGAGCUCUGACGCGGAUGAUGAGAAUCAGCUGAAAUUCUACACGGAGCACCGCAUAGGGAGACGCCGCAGUAAAGGUUGCCCCCAAAGCCCCAUGAGUAAGGCCACCCUGACGUUGAUCACAGUAAGCACCUGUGUUCUAGCCGUGGUGUACGGCUCACACACCUCCUGCCCACUGACCGUUAAAGUCACGCUUCACGUCCCAGAGCACUUUGUGGCAGACGGUAGCAGCUUUGUAGUGAGCAUGGGCAGCUACCUGGACAUUUCUAACUGGCUGAACCCGGCCAAGCUGACGCUGUAUUACCAGUCCAACUCGUCCUCACAGUGGACACGUGAUUACUGUGGCCAGAGGACUACAGAGCCGUGUGAACAGCUGUGUGACCAGGAUACUGGAGAAUGUAGCUGCCUGGAGGGUUACUCACCUGACCCUGAACACGAACACCUCUGCAUCCGCACCGACUGGGGACGGAACGAAGGGCCGUGGCCGUACUCUAACCUGGAGCGAGGUUAUGACCUGGUGACUGGAGAACAAGCGCCCGAGAAGAUCUUCAGGUCCUCCUACAGUCUGGGCCAAGGCCUUUGGCUGCCUGUCAGCAAGAGCUUUGUGGUGCCACCGGUCGAGCUGUCAAUCAACCCUGUCGCCAGCUGCAAGACCGAUGUACUCGUCACCGAGGACCCCGGGGACAUCCGGGAAGAGGCCAUGAUGUCCACCCACUUUGAGACAGUAGACGAUUUGCUGGCGUCGUUCGGCCCGGUGAGAGACUGCUCCAAGGACAACGGCGGCUGCAGGAAGAACUUCAAGUGUGUUUCUGACAGACGACUCGACUCCACAGGCUGCAUGUGUCCCGAAGGCUUGCGGCCUAUGAAGGACGGAUCUGGUUGCUAUGACUACUCCGUGGGUACAGACUGUACGGACGGCUUUAACGGUGGCUGUGAGCAACUGUGUCUUCAGCAGCUCGUACCCCUGCCGGAUGAUCCCACCUCCAACAACGUGCUCAUGUUCUGCGGGUGUGUGCAGGAAUACAAGCUGGCGGCAGAUGGACGCUCUUGUCUUCUUCUAGCUGAUAACUGCGAAGGCCCCAAGUGUCCUAAACAGGACUCUCGCUUCAAUGACACGCUUUUCAGCGAAAUGCUGCACGGCUACAACAACAAGACGCAAGAGGUCAACCUGGGUCAGGUGUUUCAGAUGACCUUCCGCGAUAAUAACUUCAUUAAGGAUUUCCCUCAACUGGCUGAUGGACUGAUGGUCAUCCCUCUGCCUGUGGAAGAGCAGUGUAGGGGAGUGCUGUCAGAACCUCUACCUAACCUGCAGCUCCUCAUGGGAGAUGCCCAGUUCAGCGAGGGCAUGGGAUAUCCCAUGGUGCAACGGUGGCAAGUCCGGAGCAACCUCUACAGGGUCAAACUCAGUGCCAUCACUCUGUCUACAGGGUUCUCUAAGGUUCUGAAAUCUCUGACAGCAGACAGCACACGUGACGAGCUCCUGUCCUUCAUCCAGCAGUAUGGCAGCCAUUAUGUCUCUGAGGCUCUCUUCGGUUCCGAGCUCAGCUGUAACAUCUACUUCCCCAGCAAGAAGGUGCAGCAGCAGCUCUGGCUCCAGUACCAGAAAGAGGUGACGGAGCAGGUGAGCCGCAGGGACCUGAAAGCCGUACCCUUCAUCACCUACCUGUCUGACCUGAUGAAGACUCAGCUGUUGUCUGAUGACCUGGUGGCUGGAGUGGAGAUCCAAUGUCUGGAGAAGGGCAGCUGCCCGGCGGCGUGUCACCUGUGCAAGCAGGUUGGCAGAGACAGUCCAAGCCCCAUGCCCGCGCUGCUGGAGGUCAGCCGCUCGGUGCCACUCUAUAGCCUUAUUCAGGACAACUUCACCAAAGAGGCUUUCAAGAGUGCCGCCAUGAGCUCAUACUGGUGCGCGGGCAAAGGGGACGUCAUCGACAACUGGUGCCGCUGCGACCUGAGCGCCUUCGGUAGCGACGGCCUGCCCAACUGCAGCCCCCUGCUUCAGCCUGUAUUGAGGUUGUCUCCUCACCUGGAGCCCUCGAGCACUGUUGUGGCUCUCGAGUGGGUAGAUGUGGAACCUCUGAUUGGCUACAAAGUAGCCGAUUACAUCAUCCAACAUAAGCGCAUCGAGGACCCAUCUGAAGCCGAGAUCUACACUGGAGAAGUCCUGAGUCUAGUCGAUGACCUGUUCUCCGGAUUGGGUUCUGCAUGUGUGGUGCCUGGAAGAAAAAGUGGAGAACAUCCUCAUUCCAUCAUCUACUCGCUCAUCUUUAAGUGCCUGGAACCUGAUAGCCUCUAUAAGUUCACUCUCUAUGCCUUGGACAGCCGUGGCAGUCGGUCUGAGGCGAGCUAUGUGACAGUGCGCACUUCCUGUCCAAUAGUUGAUGACAGCAGAGCAGAAGAGAUAGCAGACCGAGUCUACAACCUGUACAACGGCUACACGAGCGGCAAGGAGCAACAAACAGCCUACAACACGCUGAUGGAGAUUUCUCCACCCACACUCUACCGUGUGCAACACCAUUACAAUUCACACUAUGAGAAGUUUGGAGACUUUGUGUGGAGGAGCGAGGAUGAGCUAGGGCCAAGGAAAGCUCACCUAAUCCUGAGACGAGUGGAUCGGAUCAGCGUCUUGUGCCGCUCUCUUCUCCGGAGUGGCUUCAUCCAGAGCCGAACAGAAUCCAUCUCGUACGUCAUGUGCAGGAGUGAAGACAUGCGAUUGGCUAGCAGCACUUGGCACAGCUCUCUCCAUGAGACACGGCUAACCUGUGUGGAGAAGAUCCUCUCCGUCCAGCGCAAUAUAUACGGCAAGUCCAAACUCCGGUGAAACAGCCUAUUCACCUUUUAGAUCAGACUCUCUGAUCCGAUCUGAUCUGUUUUGUAAACCGAUAGAAAAUGGUUUUCAACAAACGGAGGGACAUUUUUUCCGCCGUGCAUCCCCUCUGACUUGUUUUUCGGCAUGGAGGAGGGGAGAAAAACGUCGCUUCAGAGGAAAUCAAAGAACUUUUCCUUUUUACUUUUUUUGUAAGGACCAGACCGAAAAGGCCCGAAUGUGAAGUCCUCACUUCAUGGUGCCGCAAAUUUCACACACCAGGAGGACGACGAGCCGAGAACCUUUCCCACGCAUCUGUAACAUAUUCUUUAACCGAGCUGAAUGGAGAACUACAGAUCUAGAAGGCCUGAAUCGUCUCGAAUGCAAUGCGAUGGUUUGAAAAUGAUUAUCUCUGACAAUUAAGGGGACUUUGGUGUCUAUUUAUUUAAUCUGUCCAUCAUUUUCCAUGUUUUAAACAGUGGCUUCAUUUUCAUAGACAUGCGGCUCCUUUUCAACACACGCAGCUCGACGUUAACGCUAAAUGAAUAAUCAGUUCCGGGCUGUUACGUACUUUACCGUUAGUUACUCAUGGCUGAAAUUUUUAAAGGAAGAAAGAAAGGCAUACAGUAAGUGUCAUGUGUUUAAGGGCUUGUAGUGUAUUAUAACUCUCAUAUUAGCUGAUCAUAUGGGGCUGAGUGACGUAAGUCAAGCAAAAUAAAACUAGCACCGAAAACUUCUUUUGAGACAUUUUCCAUUUCAUGUAAUAUCAAUUGUGAUAGUAAAUUAUACUCUUGUACAUAAAAUUGUAAAUACGGUAUGUACCAAGUCAAUAUGAUUGUCUUAU